UUGAAGAACGUGUGUGGUCUUAGCUAGUCUCCUAGAGGCAAUAUUUUAAUCAGUCACCGGAAACUUUUAUUGCUCAGCUCAGCAAGCUCAUCUUGUUUGCCAACAAGUAGAGCAAGCGAGCACAGCGCGACGCACACAGCCAUGGCGAGCAUGGAGAGCCGAAGCCUCCCCAUGGCAGCAGCCACCUCCAUGUCGGUAGCUAUCGCCAUUGUCUUCCUGAUCAACACAGCCGCACCAGUGGGAGACGCGGCAUCCGUCGAGCACACGUUCAUUGUGAAUCAGACGAAGAUGACGCGCCUGUGCAAGGAGACACAGGUCACCGUGGUGAACGGGCAGCUCCCAGGGCCAACCAUUGAGAUCACAGAAGGAGACACGGUGACUGUUCAUGUCAUCAACAGGUCACCUUACAACAUGACAAUCCACUGGCACGGAGUGAAGCAGUUUCGGAACUGCUGGGCUGAUGGGGUGCCAAUGCUCACCCAAUGCCCUAUCCUGCCGAACAAAAAUUUCACCUACCAGUUCAAUGUCGUUGGGCAGGAAGGCACCCUGUGGUGGCAUGCUCACGUCCCCGGACUACGGGCAACUGUCCAUGGCGCAUUCAUUAUUCGGCCAAGGCAUGGAGCUGAGUCAUAUCCAUUUCCUCAGCCUCAUAAGGAGAUCCCAGUUAUUAUAGGGGACUGGUGGGAGAAGGACCUUGCAGAGAUGGCCAGGAAUAUGACGAAGAGCAUCUUUCUGUCUUAUGCUAGUGCAUCCACAAUCAAUGGCUUGGUCGGAGAUCUCUUCAAUUGCUCAGGUGUUUGGUUCAUGCACUGCCACUAUGAGUUUCAUCUUUCGAUGGGCAUGGCGGCAGUGUUCAUAGUAGAGAAUGGGCCAACAAUGGACACAUCUCUCCUUCCACCACCUGUGAACUUUCCAACUUGUAGCCAUGACAAUAGUCUCAUCCAAACUAUAUGAAAAGUGAAAUCUAGCUAAUAAAUGGAGCAAGUACAAAGAUAACUCCGACCACUUGUUUUAAAAUAUGUCAUUAUGAAUAAUGAAGGUGCGGUAUGAGAUAAAAUGUAUCCGUAUUAUUUAUGUUAACAAAUCGAACCUGGUUUGCAGCAGAUGAAUUAUCCUGCAUCUGUAUGAUUUGAACAUAUUACGAUUUACUUGUGGUUGAAUCA